CUGGUGCAUGCAACAAACAUCCUUUGCUGAACCAAACAUACGCGAAAGCAUGCCUGCAGCAAACAGUUUGCUCUUUCCAAUUUCAAGAACCUUUAUUCUCCUGCUUUUUCUUUCCUUAAAUAAUUCCGCUGGCUAUUGCACAAGUUUCUCUUCUUUAUGCCCUGUUUCAUCUUGUGGCAACAUCAGUUUCAUAAUGUUCCCUUUUAGAUUGAAGACCGAGUCCUGCGUACACUCCAAGAUCAAUUAUAUUGAGCUAGAUUGCCACAACAAUCAGACUUCGAUUCAUCCAAGUUCAGGAAGCUGGUAUUAUGUGCAGGACAUAAAUUACACAAAGUUCUCAAUAAGGCUAAUUGAGCCCGGUAUAAACAGGAAAAACCUUUCCUCCUGCCCACUUUAUUCCAGUGUUUCUGCUGACUGGCACAGUGCGAAUUAUUUUAGUCCAUUACAUGGAUUAUCAGAAUUCAAUGCAGCUGUGGCAUUUAUUCACUGCCUGUCUCCUGUGAAUUCUGUGACUUAUGUGAAAGCUCCAUUUUGUGGCAAAAGAAGAAACAUCUUUGCCAAUUCUUCACAGCCUGAUCUAUAUAGCUAUGUUGUGGUUGGAAAAGAUCUACAGGUAUCGGAUUUGGAAGAGUCUUGUACUGUCGAUGCAGUGGUUUGGGGGCCUUUAAGCACUAGCCAUAAUCUUUCUUUGCCGAGGAUUUAUGAUAGUUUGGCCUAUGGUUUUGAGCUUCAGUUUUACGACUGCUACUUCACAGAUUGCAAACUUGUCCGGAAUGUGCUGGCAUAUUCAGGGGUAGCUUUAGGAGUAACGGUAGUUGUUGUGUUCUUAGCUUCGAGGUUCCUAAUGUUUGUAAUUGGAUUCUCUUUCUUGACUUGGCUGGUGGUGCGCAAAUGGAAAAGAAGGCAUUUAUCCAUGGAUAAAAACAUCGAAGAAUUUCUACAAAGCCAUCAAAGCCUUGCUCCCAUAGAGUAUACUUACAAGGAGAUUAAGAAAAUGACCCACAAUUUCUCAGUGAAAUUGGGUGAAGGAGGCUUUGGAAUUGUAUACAAAGGAAAACUUCGAAGCGGUCCUUAUGUUGCAAUAAAAAUGAUGGAAGCAUCCAUGGCUAGUGAAGAAGAUUUUAUGAACGAAGUCGGCUCAAUCGGACGGAUCCACCAUGUCAAUGUAGUGCGACUCAUUGGAUUCUGUGUGGAAUACUCAAAGUAUGCUUUGGUUUAUGAAUUUCUUCCUAAUGGCUCCCUUGAUAGAUACCUUUUUAAUCAACAAAGUCCUGAUGUCCUUGUUGUGACAUUGGACAAAAUGUUUGAGAUUGCACUUGGAGUUGCGCGUGGAAUUAGCUAUCUGCACUAUGGAUGUAACUUCCGAAUCCUACACUUUGACAUCAAGCCUCACAACAUACUACUCGAUGACAAGUUCAAUCCGAAAAUAUCUGAUUUUGGGCUUGCACAGAUUCACCCUACUAAUGAACGUUUUACCAGUGUGACGGCCGGAAGAGUAAGAGGAACAAUUGGGUAUAUGGCGCCCGAGAUGUACUAUAAUAAUAUGGGAGGCAUUUCCUACAAGGCUGACGUCUAUAGCUUUGGAAUGAUGCUGAUGGAAAUGGCGAGUAGAAGGAAAAAUAUGAACUUGUUUGCUGAAGACACAAGCCAAAUAUACUUCCCAUCAUGGGUGUACGAUCAAUUAUCAGGUGGAAAAAAUAUACAUGUAAGUGACGGAAGCGAAGAAGAAAAGUUGAUGGUGAAGAAGAUCAUCAUAGUGGCAUUGUGGUGCAUACAACAAAGGCCGUCAGAUCGGCCUUCGAUGGACAAAGUGAUGAAGAUGCUCGAAGGUGACUCUGAAUUACGGAUGCCUCCAAGGCCCUUUGCAGCCCGUCGUGGAACCGAUGAGGAUGAUGGAAGAGCUCCAACUUAUAGUGUACAAUGCAUUGACUUGGAUUUGGCUGAAAAUUAAUUUCUGUGGUGUACAAAACAAAACGUGAUAUGUCAAAAAUAUUAUUUUAAAAAUACA